CCUGCAAAAGCCCCCGAGACGGCAGUCACCGACCCUCCGCCUGCCCAGCGCACGGACACGGGCGGAGGCGGAACCGCGGCCUGGCGCCGUUUCAAGCCCCCACCUCUCCCCCGCCGCCUCGUCCCCGCCCGGCCGCCGUUACCCGCGUGAUGAGGAAGCGGUCCCCGCAGGGGCACGGGUAGCUAUAGGUCUCCGUCUCCUCGUCGUACUCGAAGUCCUCAAUCUCCACCUCGUCGUGGAACACGGCCAUAGCGCCGGGGCGGGAGACCGGGCCGGAAGGGACGCAGCGGCGCACGCGCGGCCCGGGAGCUCCUCUCAUCACGUGAGGCGGCGGCGGCGGGUGAGCGCCCGGCGGGGCGGGGGGCGCGAAUCGCCCCGGUCUGCCCCCUCUCCCCAGCCGGGAUCCCCCGUUCCGCGUAGCUGGAGCCGCUCCGGGCCGCCCCCUCUCCCCAGCCGGGAUCCCCCGUUCCGCGUAGCUGGAGCCGCUCCGGGCCGCCCCCUCCCCACAGCCGGGAUCCCCCGUUCCGCGUAGCUGGCGCCGCUCCGGGCCGCCCCCUCCCCACAGCCGGGAUCUCCCCUUCCGCGUAGCUGGAGCCGCUCCGGGCCGCCCCCUCCCCACAGCCGGGAUCCCCCGUUCCGCGUAGCUGGAGCCGCUCCGGGCCGCCCCCUCCCCACAGCCGGGAUCCCCCGUUCCGCGUAGCUGGAGCCGCUCCGGGCCGCCCUCUGCUCGCAGCAGGAGCCCGGGGGCUGCCCGGUCGGCAGCGCUGUCCGGGCUCCUCGGCGCUGCCGGUUCCCGCCCGAGAGGCGGCGCGGGGCGGCGGUCGCUGGAGGCUGAGGGGGCGCAGGGCACCGCCGCGGCCUUGACCUUCCCCUCCUGGGCCGAGGCGGCAGCCGUUCACCUCAGUGCUGCCUCGCUUCAGCCAACCACAUGCUUCUGCCGUGCUUCACACCCCCCUUCCAGACCCGUGUGCUCCUUAAUCCUAGGCCAAAGGGAAAAGCUUUUUCGGUGAUGAGGGACGCUGUAUCUAGAGGAGUACCACCUCCCCAUCCAUACGCAGACUUGGGGAAAGGUUUCCCAUCCCACUUACUUAAGUAUCCUUGCUUCCCCCUCAGCACUUUCUUCUGUUCACUUAGGUGGUAAUUAGCUCUUGAAUGUGAAAUGGGUUAACUAAAAAUAACUCUCCCUUCAGAUACUGAUGUAGAGACGAGGAAAAGAAGAGAUGCAGUUGUAGGUCUCAGGAGAUACUGAUAGCUAAUAGGUCACAGUGUAAGGAGAAUGAAGGGAUUGCACGAUUUUAAUUGAGAAAGCAGGAGUCCUGUACAAAAGUAAUGUUGAUUUCUCUCUGUGGAGCAAAGAAAGAAAGCUUUUGGAGCAGAUAUUUCUGUAACGGCUUGGUUAAAAAGAUAGUAACUAAAGGAAGAACAUCCCACCAGACAGGAGGCUGAGUCUGAAGCACUGUGCUGCUUGGAGGGCAGGGAAUGCCAAAGAGCUGGAGGAGCCAGGAAAGGCGCAGAAAUGACAGAUGGGCGAGAGGCUGUUAACGUUUUGUAAAGGCAUGACUCAAUCUUGUAUAAGGUAGAGGAGAAGCAGGACUCGUUAAAAAGAAGUUUUGGAAUUACUUACAGAGUACAAAUUAGAACUGUUUCUUAGGGAUUUUUUCAGGUUUGGAAAGUGGUUGAUGAUAGUGUAAAUGGAACAGGUACCCUGAACUACUGUUUGAGUUGUUUUUAAUUUGGGGUAGAGCCCCAGUCUUAAAGUUGUUUUUAUCAAUAAAAUCUUUCAGCUCUGAUGUUGAAGUUGUAGCUGCUACAGUAAAAUAAGGCUGACAUUUUGUUUUCAGUAUUAUGUAUUGCUACUGAACUUUUCAUUAGUUGGGGUUUUUUUUUGUUUUCACGUGUAUAACUGAACACAUCUGCUUCCUAAAGAAGAGAUGACAAUGAGAAUGAGGCCGGCUUUAAGUGACUGUCAACCUCAGCAGCAGAAUUAAACCAAAUACGUAAAAGAAACGAUAGGGAAUCUUUGUGUUGGCUUGUCAAUUUUGGCCUCUCCUUUCACCAAGACAACUCCCUGUGUUUGUUAGCAAUUAUUUGCAGAAAGGGUUUUGAAGGAUGUGAGGUGAUUAAGAAAACAAACCAAUAAUAACUCCCUCUUUAUUCUCAGUCCUUGGCCACUGAACAACGUGCCGGACUGUAUGUGGUUCAUUUUGAUCCUGUGGUGAUUUAAUUCAAUUCAUAGCUGUUGGCAUAAAUAGCUUACAUAAGGUGUCUGCUUUCAAGCGUCCUUCAGUUUUACUUUUAGUUAUUUCAUGUGGUAGAGUGAAAAGCUUGAAAACAUGAAUCAAAAAGCAAGAAACCUAAAAAAGGAGAUCCAGAUGGAUAUAAAACCAAGAAAUACUAUCUCAGAGACUCCAGAUCAUUAAAUUAUUUCAUGAAUUUGAGUACUUCAGUGGUUUUUGAGCACUCUGGGUUUACAGACUGAAUAUGCUGAGGUAGAGGAAUGCGACUGCUUCAUUAGAUGUGUACUACGUCUUGCUGAAGUAUUUUAAGAUUGUUUCAUAGCUCCACUUCAGCAUGCAGUUUUGAAACUUCACGCGGUGCUUCCACGCUAGUGCAUGAGCUGGUGAUUCUGAAGACAGACCAGUGGUCAUGGCUCAUGCCACAAUUCAUAGGAGAUUUUCUGUUCCUCAAUUACUGAGAGGUGCCAGCAGAAUUUUUCCCACUCACUGUGCGUUGGUGGUGUUGAGGCGCUCAGCUUUUUGUUCCUGUGCAGUGAAUGGCACAAUAAAAUCAAAAAGGAAAAUGGAUCAUCUAGAGAGGACAGCAAAUAAUUUUCGCCAGGAGGUAAUUUCACAAGCAAAAGUGUGUGGAAUCACUGAUGAAUCAGACACAGUCAAAAGGCUCCGGUUGGCUAUUGCAAAUAAAGACUUUACUUUCAAAGCAGGACAGUGGGUUGAUUUCUUUAUUCCUGGAGUAUCUGUAGUUGGGGGAUUCUCAAUAUGUUCAAGCCCUGGCCUGUUGAAACGAGAAGGAAUAUUAGAGCUGGCGGUAAAGCACGCUGUCCAUCCUCCUGCUCACUGGAUUCACACUGAGUGUACUCUUGACUCAGAAGUGGCCCUGCGAGUGGGAGGUGAUUUCUUCUUUGAUCCUCAGCCUGGUGACUCCCCUGUAAAACUAGUGCUGAUAGCAGGGGGUGUUGGAAUUAACCCAUUGUUUUCUAUACUGCUGCAUAUAGCAGACCUCCAUGGAUACCAAGAGGGUAAAGGAAAUGGAUACAAAAUGGGAACAGUGAAGCUGUACUACAGUGCAAAAAAUACAAGCGAACUCUUAUUUAAGAAAAACAUCCUUGGUUUGAUGAAUGCAUUUCCUGGAAAGAUCACGUGUCGUUUCCACGUUACCCAGCAGAGUUCAGAGGUCUGUGAAGAACUUCAGCCACACGUUACAGAGGGAAGAAUAUCCGAAAAGGAUCUAGAAAAACACGUAUGUAAGGACACGUUAUGGUACAUCUGCGGCCCACCUCCAAUGAUAGAAUCUGUAUCCAAACUCUUAUCUAACAUGGGUGUUCCCAGAAACUGUGUUUUCUUUGAGAAGUGGUGGUGACACCUGCAGAAUGGAAAAUAGAUUCUUUGGUUGCAGUCCAUCUCGAUGAACUCAAAUGUACAGAAAUGGACUCUGAAUUAUUUGGAAGAUUCUGCUUCAUACGUGAAGAUAUCCUCAGUUGUGAUGGUGUUCCUUUAAUUUAACUAUAAUGCUGCUGCUUUGGGGGGAAACAAAAAGUGAUUUUAUAUUAAAGACAUUAACUGUU